GAGCCCAUAGGGGGACGGCGCACGUGGUGAGGGGGCACUUUCAGCAUCGGAGCGCCUGCAGGAUCCGCGCAAAAACUCGGGGCAGGAUGCUGGGACACGUGCUGGCGUUUGCGCGCUCUCUGGUGCGUAGGAAGGUGGUGACCACAGACAGCCUGGAGGACUCCAAGCUGUGCCGCUGCCUGACCACGUUGGACCUGAUGGCGCUGGGUGUGGGCAGCACGUUGGGCGCCGGCGUCUACAUACUGGCGGGAGAGGUAGCUAAGGGGAGUGCCGGCCCCAGCAUCACCGUGUCCUUCCUCAUCGCCGCGCUAGCCUCCGUCAUGGCCGGUCUGUGCUACGCGGAGUUUGGAGCCCGGGUGCCCAAGACUGGCUCCGCCUACUUAUACAGCUACGUCACCGUAGGCGAGCUGUGGGCCUUCAUCACGGGAUGGAACCUCAUCCUCUCCUACGUCAUAGGCACCUCAAGUGUGGCUCGGGCCUGGAGUGGGACCUUUGACGAGCUGAUUGGCGAGCACAUAGAGACCUUCUGCAGAACGUACUUUAGUAUGAAUUCCCCUGGUCUGGCAGAGUACCCAGACUUCUUCGCUGUUUUCCUCAUACUGCUGCUGUCAGGACUCCUGUCCUUUGGUGUGAAGGAGUCCGCCUGGAUAAACAAGAUCUUCACCGCCGUCAACGUGCUCGUCCUGAUGUUUGUCGUCAUCUCGGGGUUCGUGAAAGGAAAUACGAACAACUGGAGGAUAUCAGAAGAAACUCUCAUCAACUUCACCACUGUCACAAGAAACCUGUCCUUCAGUAGUAACAUCACCAGUGACUACGGCGUUGGGGGUUUCAUGCCCCACGGCUUUGCGGGAACCUUGGCAGGCGCUGCCACCUGCUUCUACGCUUUUGUCGGAUUUGACUGCAUCGCGACCACGGGUGAGGAAGUGAAGAACCCGCAGAAGGCCAUCCCCAUCGGCAUCGUGGUCUCCCUGCUAGUCUGCUUCCUGGCCUACUUGGGCGUGUCAGCCGCCCUCACCCUCAUGAUGCCCUACUACCUGCUGGACGAGAAGAGCCCGCUGCCCGUGGCCUUCGAGUAUGUGGGGUGGGGGCCGGCCAAGUACGUGGUGGCCAUAGGGUCCCUCUGUGCCCUGUCGACCAGUCUCCUCGGCAGCAUUUUCCCCAUGCCACGUAUAAUCUAUGCUAUGGCCGAGGACGGGGUACUUUUCACUGCGUUAGCCCAAAUCAAUCCUAAGACGAAGACCCCAGUAAUUGCCACUAUGACCUCCGGUGUAGUAGCAGCCAUCAUGGCCUUCCUCUUUGAUCUGAAGGCUCUUGUGGACAUGAUGUCUAUUGGAACCCUGCUGGCAUAUUCUCUGGUGGCUGUGUGUGUACUCAUCCUCAGGUACCAGCCAGAUGCUUCCUGUGACAAACCCCGAGGGAAAGACUCACAGUCUGAGCUGACUGAGUCAGAGUCGCACCUCAACAUGCUAAGCCCCGGCUGCCCCCAGCCCACUGAGAAGUCGUCGAGCAGGGUCAACAUUGCAGUCAGCAUUACAGUGCUGACGGUCUGCCUGAUCAGCACACUCACCACCUACUCCGGCCAUGCCGUUCUUGCCCUGGAACCCUGGGUCUUGGCUCUGCUGGCCGCAGCUGUCAUCCUGCUGCUGUCUUGCGUCGUCAUCAUCUGCAGGCAGCCGCAGACCAAUAAGAAAGUCUCCUUCAUGGUGCCGCUGCUUCCAUUCCUCCCCAUCAUCAGCAUUUUCGUCAACGUGUACCUCAUGGUUCAGCUGAGCGGAGCCACCUGGGUCCGCUUCUCCGUCUGGAUGGCCGUGGGGUUCACUAUUUACUUUGGCUACGGCGUCUGGCACAGUGUGGAACGGCAUCGCUCCAGUAUCUCAGCAAAAGAGACGGCCAUUGAGAGGGAGCAGAUUGUAGCGAAAGCCAAUGAGAGGCCGCAGUUCAUCCUCCAGGAGAAAAAUGGGCAUUGCUAAGUAUCAGAGGCCACGCCCACAGAUUUACCAUUGGUUGUGCAGAGAUGCUCUACUCUUACUGGCCGGCGUGAACCCAUCGCCUUUCCCUGUCUUUGGCAAGAGAGAUGCAGGAACUGACACCAACACACCCAGCAAUAAUCUCGUACAUAAAAGAAAGGGCCUUAUUGUCAGCCUAUGCACCGACGGCUCUCUCUUUGCCUUGACUUCCCUCCUGCAUUUGACCUGAGGAUGCGACCCAAAGAAAAGCCCGAGGUCACAGAUGUUUGCAGAUGUUAGGUUAGCACAGCAACAGGGACUCGGCAGGAUAUCCCAAGGAACGUUUAUUCGUCAGGGUAUCGGUCUCCAUGGAAACUCCACAUUUCUUAUUACAAAGUAUUUGUGUCGUUUUAUGCGAUUUAUGUGCAGUGAUUCAGUUAAUCCUGUCGUUUAAAGGCAUGGCAACAUGACGAUGGCUGUUUUGUGUCACACAGAUCAUCGACUAUGUUUUGAUUGUUACAUAAUGUAGAAACAGCACAUCUUUGGCAUCAGUAGAUACCAGAGUAUCUCUCUUGAUAAUAUUAUGGAUUAUCCCUUACAUUCUGGGUGAUCUCCUCCUCUCUCAUUACCAUCAUGGGCCCGCAGGGAGCUCUAUGUUCCUUCGCAAAGUGGUGGAGAGAUUACUGUGGACUUUAACUACCGUGACCACCAUAUGGAAUUGUCCUAUCACUCAUGAGUGCAAUUUUUUUUUAUCUAUAGAUAACAUCAGUGGUAGAUUCUGAAAAUAAAUCGAAAUAACGAGAUAGGUAUAACAGUAUACAAUUAUUGUCACAUCUAUUCAAUAACAAUCAAGUUGGAUUCCGGAAAUAUCUGCCUCACGUUGCCAUCUGUUACAGAUGAAUAGACUGAACCUCAUUGUCAUUCGUUUGGGUUAUUUCAGGUUUUACAUGUGUGUGGUUUGAGUUACACUUCCUGUUAUAUAUUGCUUCUAAAGCGUGUCAUCCUAAUAUCUUUUGUUACUUUUAGGGAGUUUGUCUACAGAAUGCCUUAAACACAGUAUUUUGGAUGAUACAACAAUUCCAAAAAGUAGUAGAAUUAUUUUGUAUUGUAAAUAACACAGAUGGAACUUAAACACUUAUUUUUAAUGAGGAGAGGGUAAUUGAUCAUAACUUGUUUACUAAACAAAUAAGUACUGUAGUGUUAGCAUCCAUUUAAUCUUUUGCGUCAUUAUUCUCACACAAACUAAUGUAUUAAUGUGAAAACUUCAUG